AUGUCAAUUUAUCAAUACAUGAAAGAAGUCUUGAUGAAUCCUAUUAGUGGAUAUUAUAUGAAACAUGAAGUAUUUGGUGUAAAAGGAGAUUUUAUCACUUCUCCUGAAAUCAGUCAAAUGUUUGGCGAGUUGAUCGGAAUAUGGUUUGUGUAUCAAUGGCAAAAUCUUGGCAAACCAAAAGAUGUGCGAAUAGUGGAAUUCGGACCAGGAAGAGGAACCUUGCUAGAUGAUAUGAUUCGAGCGCUUCAAAAUUUUCAUGAAUGCUACAAUUCUAUUAGCGGAAUUCAUUUAAUCGAGGCUAGUCCACGAUUACGAGAAGUUCAACGUGAAAAAUUAAAUCCUUAUAUAAUUAAAAAUAAUGAGAAUAGAGAGAAGAAUGAUUUGCAAGAAUCGUUGACUAAUACGACUUAUACUGUUAACGCUAAGAAACAAGCAAUUCAGGCUGGAUUAAAUUUUUACUGGCAUGACGCAUUUGAGGAUGUUCCCGAUGGAUGGUCAAUGAUUAUUGCGCAUGAAUUUUUUGAUGCUCUUCCUGUUUACUGGUUUGAGCUCACAGAAAAAGGAUGGAGUGAAUUGAUGAUAGAUAUCGACGAAACAGAUCAAAGUCCAUACCACUUUCGCGUAAUCAUCUCUCCAAAGCGGACACCAAGCCUAUUUAUCUUACGCACACACCUCAACAACUAUAACAAUAACGGUAACGAAAACCUCUAUAAAAUAGGCGAUCGCAUUGAAAUCGCUCCAGAUGCGUGGCGGGUUGCAAAUCAGAUCGCUAAAAGUGUUAAUAAAAAUUGCGGAUCUUCCCUUAUUAUUGAUUAUGGAAAAAAUUUUGUUCAGGGGAAUACAUUAAGGGCAAUAAAACAACAUAAAUUUGUGGAUUUGAUCAGCAGGCCAGGUGAAGCGGAUUUGAGUGCCGACGUAAAUUUCAAAUUACUUAAUGACGCGUGUAAAGGUUUAGUGGAUACUUUUGGUCCAAUCACCCAAGCCCACUUUUUACAUUCUAUGGGAAUCAGCUUCCGUUUGAAAAUGUUGCUUGAAAAAACGCCUCCGUCACGACACCAAGAUUUGAUUUUAUCGUAUAAACGAUUGAUAGAUCCAAUUGGAAUGGGAAACGUGUAUCAGGUUUUGGCGAUUACGCCAAAGUCUACACCGAAUCCUCCGGCUGGAGGGUUCCAGUGA